AUGAGGCCUUUUGUUUGUCCAAUUUGUAAUGCGGUUUACAAGCACAGUCGCAACCUAACCUCCCACAUGAAAGUCCACACUGGAGAAACUGGAUGCCCUUACUGCAGAAAGAGAUUCUCCAACAAGGGCUCGGCGGGAGAGGGCUUCCCGUGUCACAUCUGCGGUAGCGUCUACCGACACCGGACGAACCUGUACAGCCACCUGCGGGCCCACAACGGCUCCACCUACUGCUCCAUCUGCGACAAGUCCUUCUCCCUCGUCGGCAACUACAAACGACACAUGAGUCUCGUUCACACGCCCCAGCGCAAGGACACCUGA